AUGUUCUUUAAGGUACUUUGCCUACUAUCUGUGGCCGUUGCGGUGGUCUCCGCUUACGGACAUUCAUCCCAGUUCGUCCACAAAUACGAUGGACACCACGAGCCUGUACACCAUGGGCAUGGUCACCAUGAUUAUUACACUCACCCAAAGUUCGAGUUCGGCUACAAAGUGGACGACGCGCACACGGGCGACCACAAGUCGCAGCACGAGCACCGCGACGGUGACGUCGUCAAGGGCCACUACUCGCUGCACGAGCCUGACGGCUCCGUCAGGGACGUGCACUACCACGGCGACCACCACAGCGGUACCUACGUUUACAUGUGCAAAAAAAUCUCUCAGAUUGAUAACUCGUCACUCGAGGUUGUACUAAUCGCCACCGUAGUUGUUGCGGCCACCGCGCAGUCCCAAGGAGGUCACGACCUCCACCAUAGUCAUGCCUCCUCCUCACAGAGCAUCAAGCAGCAUCAUGGAAAAGCUACUGAAAAACAUGUCGAAUACUAUUCUCACCCUAAGUACGAGUUCGCGUACAAAGUGGAGGACCCUCACACCGGUGACAAGAAGUACCAGCACGAGGCGCGCGACGGUGACGUCGUGAAGGGCGUGUACAGUCUGCACGAGCCCGACGGUACUGUCAGGAUCGUCGAGUACCACGCUGAUAAGAAGACUGGAUUCAAUGCUAACGUGAGACGUGAGGGUCACGCUAAACAUAUAGUUCCUGAGCACCACCACUAA